GUUUUUUUUUUUUUUUUUUUUUUUUUUUUUUUUUUUCAAACUUCAUUUUUUUGAUAACAUAAAUCAUGAACUGGAUUUUAUUAACUUGUUUAUUGUGUACUUUUGGGUUUAUCAAGGAGAUGCGGCCAUCCGAGGCAUUUCUUACUCUAUACCUGACAGGAGAAUGGAAAAAUCUUACGAUAGAACAAGUAUCAAACGAAAUUUACCCGUGGUGGACUUACUCCUAUUUAAUAUGGUUGGUACCAGUGUUUUUGUUAACAGACUUUCUUCGAUAUAAGCCUAUUUUGGUCGUUGACGCUGCGGCUGCUAUCGGAACAUGGGCGCUAUUGCUGUGGACUCAGGGUGUAGUUGCAAUGAAGUUCGUUGAGGUUUUAUAUGGACUUUUCACAGCCGGAGAAGUUGCAUAUUAUUCCUAUCUGUAUGUAGAAGUCCCGAAAGAACAUUUCAAGAAAAUAUCAAGUUUUACAAGAGCCGCGACUUUAGUUGGUAAAUUUGUUUCUUUCCUUCUUGCUCAAUUUUUGUAUUCCUUUAAUGUGAUGGACUAUUACGACCUGCACGUGUUUUCAUUCGUUAGCGUUUGUAUAGCGUUCCUGAUACCGCUAGUUUUACCCUGGCCAGAGCAUUCAGAAAUAUUUCACAGAGCGAAAUAUAAUGAUGAUACUGAAAAUAACGAAACAACUAAAAGUGAGAAAAAAGAUUCAAAACAAGAUUCUGGAGACCGUAGUUGUAAGGACCAUGUACAUCAACAUGAAGACAGACGCGAACAGGAAACAACCCAGACGGCACAACCGGUGUCAGGUGAAAGAAAAAGUUGUAUGGACGGGUUUGUGUUUAUGUGGACAGAAGUGAAAGAUGUAUAUAGAUCUAGGGUCGUGCUAGUCUGGUCUGUAUGGUGGGCGAUAGCCUCUUGUGGAAACUUUCAAGUUCUCAAUUAUGUUCAAAACCUGUGGGCAGUAAUAUCGGCACAGGACAGUCCCGGAAAACAGGAAGAUGUUUAUAACGGUGCAGUAGAAGCCACCUCAACAUUGCUUGGCAGUGUAACUGUAAUGCUUGUCGGAUUUGUACCAGUUCAGUGGUCCGAAAGAGCAGAAUUGUUUAUGUCAGUGGUCUGUGCGGGGAAUGCAGCCUUCUUGAUAGUAAUGGCCCACACCUCCAGUAUCUGGGUAGCCUAUGUCAUGUACGUUCUCUUCCGGACAUCAUACGUAACUGUCGUUACUAUAGCAACCGCACAAAUUGCUCAGCAUUUGGUAAAACAUCGGUAUGGUUUAGUGUUCGGAUGUAACAUGUUCGCGUCCCUUGUUCUAGAAUCUGUACUAACCGUUAUUGUCGUAGAUAAGGCAGGCCUUGGAGCUGGGGUCGUUGAUCAGUUUACGGUUUACGGUGGAUAUUUCGGCGUCAUCAGUGUAUUGUUCUUGACAGGAUGUUUGUAUCGCUGCUAUAGACCGCAUAAAUCAGUUGAUCUCGAUGUGCAUCUCGAUGUGCCAGAGGCCUGAGGGUCAAGGAGGAUACAUCCGGAGACGUAUACAAUCAUCUAACCCUACGCAUUGAUAAACGUUUUCGUCCAUCCCUUUUUACGAUGCCGUAUAAGAUUGCUGACAAUCUCACUUAGUGCGUCGACAAAUUUUGGGUCCCAGGUUACGUGUAUAGGCAAUUUAUUGACAACAUCUACAUCCGCGAACAGGUUCACAAACCCUUAAACAAUACGGAUUUGCAACGAGAUUGUUCAGGUCUAAAAGGAAUGGCCGUGUUCUGGUUUCUAUAAAUGAACAUAAUUGUAGGGCCGAAAACCUAAUCCCGAUUCUCAGAAUCAAAGAUAAUACGUCUUAAUAACAGCGGGCAAAACUAACAAAAGUAUACUUGAAAUAUAAAACACUUAGCUUGUUUAUUUAAGAACAAAAACAUGUAGAACAAAACAGAUACCCUGUGCAAAUGAUUGUCGACAGCUAGAUAUACCCUUAAACAUAUAAAUAAAUGUCAAACAAGA